CUCUCUCUCUCUCUCUCUCUCCCUCUCUCUCUCUCUCUCUCUCUCUCUCAGACGUCUCUCCCGGUUUAGUCUUAUUUAUGAACGUUAUUUACUUGAAUCCGAUUCCGCGUGCGCUGGAGAUGUUCAGGAGUUGUGCGCUUCCUGUGCGCGCGCGCUGAGACCCGUGAUGGAUGAAGGAGUUGAUUAUUGUGUUGGUCAGAAGAGGUCUUAGCAGGAACUUCAGAGGAAUAAUAAAGAGAGAUGGCGAGCGACCGUACAGCCAUCCUGACUGACGAUGAGGAGGAACAGAAGAGGAGAUAUGUCCUGGCUGAACCAUUUAAUACCUUGUCACUGGGGACAGUAAACAGCACUCCACCCAGUCAAACACCAUCAUCUACCUCCAUGGACUCCCCGCCUCCUCCGACCUCUUCCAGUACAGACUGUCUGGAGCGGAUGUGCAUGAGAAUAGACGAGCGUCUCCUGAUCUCCAAGAUCUUCUAUUUCUUCUUCUACGCGGCAUACGGCUCCCUGCAUCCUCUCCUGGCUGUCUACUACAAGCAGCUAGGCAUGACUCCGAGCCAGAGCGGUCUCCUGGUGGGGAUCCGCUACUUCAUCGAGUUCUGCAGUGCGCCGUUUUGGGGUAUAGUAGCUGACCGCUUCAACAAGGGCAAAGCCGUCCUGCUGUUCUCUGUGUUCUGCUGGGUGGUGUUCAACCUUGGCAUCGGCUUCGUCAGGCCAGCAGCCAUGACUUGUGUAGAGAACAGUAAUGUAACAGCUCCUCCAAGUUCCUCCGGAAACCACAGCAGAUUCCGUCGAGACCUCGUAGGGAAUUUGUGGAGCAUGCCAUUGACAUUUCAGACUUUGACUGGGGAACAUAGCCAGCUCAUUCGAUACGUAAGAAGUGAUAACGCAAGCACGUCACUCUCCACUACAGCUACACCUAAACCGCACACCAUCAUUUACGACAAAAGCCAAGUGGACACCAUCUUCCUCGUGAUCCUAGUGGUGAUCAUCAUCGGUGAGUUCUUCAGCGCUCCUGCAGUGACCAUCGUCGACACCGUGACCCUGCAGUACCUGGGAAGGCAGCGUGACCGCUACGGCCUCCAAAGGAUGUGGGGUUCUCUAGGUUGGGGUAUAGCCAUGUUAUCUGUAGGCAUCUGGAUCGACCACACACACCUCACCCUGAUCAUCCAGGGGGUCGGCUGCACCCUGCCGGACUACAAGAACUACCAGAUCGCCUUCAUCGUCUUCGGCGUGCUGAUGACUGUAGCCCUUAUAGUUGCGACGCAGUUCCGCUUUGACUCCCGGUUUGGAGCUGAGAUGUCAGAACCGGACGUGAAGCAGCAGGUGGAGAUCCCUCACGUGGUCCAGAACACAUCCAGCAUGGAGGAAGUCCCGGUGUGUCCCAGGCCGAACAACCCCCCUAGGUUUCCAUUCAAGGACAUGUUCCGUCUGCUUUGUGGGAUCCGGUAUGGCUCUGUGCUCUUCGUGGCCUGGUUCAUGGGUUUCGGUUAUGGCUUUGUGUUUACUUUCCUGUACUGGCACCUGGAGGACCUGAAAGGGACCACCACGCUCUUCGGGGUGUGCUCGGUGCUCAGCCACGCCUCUGAGCUCGCGGCCUACUUCAUCAGCCACAAGCUAAUCGAACUUGUCGGCCACAUCAGGGUCCUGUAUAUCGGGUUGGCCUGUAACACCGCACGCUACCUGUACAUCUCCUACCUGCAGAACGCUUGGGUUGUCCUGCCCAUGGAGAUCCUUCAAGGUCUGACCCACGCGUCCGUGUGGGCCGCGUGUAUCUCGUACCUGAGCGCUGCGGUUCCUCCGGCUCUGAGGACGUCUGCGCAGGGAAUCCUGCAGGGCCUCCACCUGGGGCUGGGGCGUGGCUGCGGGGCCAUGAUUGGAGGAGUGUUCGUCAACUUCUUUGGUGCGGCAGAAACAUUCCGAGGUUUAGGAAUGGUGUCUCUCAUCAUCCUGCUCAUCUUCGCACUCAUCCAGAGCCUCAUCGGGCCAAGCGACAGCAGGAGAGGCCAGAUGCUGGCUGAGAACAUUCCUGUACCAUCCAGUCCUGUUCCCAUCGCCACCAUCGACUUGGUGCAGAACCAGAGGCAACCGGAGAUGAGGGUCGAGACCAACAGCACCAACACCAACACCACGACCAACACCACCGGCACUGCUGCAGCUCCUGCUGCCAAGAACAAGUAUCAAGAAGAGCAGGAAGACAUGAGCAAGCCGGCGUGGGUUGUGUCCACGUCCCCCUGGGUCAGCAUGUCCUACGCCCUUUACCAGAUCAAAGACAUGGUGUCCUCCAUCAGGAGCAACCAUCCUGCAGGGGAGCCCCGCCCACAAGGGGAGAGCAGUGAGCAGGUGUCUACAGCGCCAUCUGCUGGAGAACCUCCUCCAGAUCCUUCCACCAGUGCUCCAGUGCAGAUCUCUUCACCUGAUCCUCAACAGCGUGUCCAAGAUCGCCCCAUCUCGGAUCAUCCUGUCUCAGAUCGUCCUGUUCCCGAUCCUUCCGUCCCUGAUCCUUCUGUCCCAGACUCAAGAGGAUCAUCAGAAGAACCACAGAAGAUCUCAGACAAAGCACCGGAGCCUGCACCAGACUCUCCUCAACCCCUCCCCAAUCCAUGACCUCUGGAGUCUAACAACACAAAAACUGCUUUAUCUUUUAUUUUAUUACUUUAUAAUGUAAAUACAGAGUACUGUACGAUGGUUGGGACUAAAAGCUCAUGUUUUUUGAUGCAGUAAAUGCGAUUUGCACUGCCAGGCCAGGCCCAGGUUUGUUCAUUACGACGCACAGAAAACAUUAUACCCUGUUGUAUUUAUCAUCUCACGCCACAACACCAUGACACAACAUUCUCCAGAAAUCACACGCUCUGCCUUCAUGAAGCUGCAUUCAUUCUUCACGUUAACUGACAGCGCACAUUCCCAAUACUGAGCAGUGAAACACUGACAAUAGCAGGGACAAUGAAUCCUGUGGCACGUGUUGGCCGACAUUUCUUUGGUUUUUGUUCUACUCACAGCUUUAACCUAAGAUUGAGAUGGAAUAAUAAUAAUAAUAAUAAUAAUAAUAAUAACAACAAUAAUAAUGACCUCAUUAACUGUGUACAGAAAUAUCACAAAGAAGCUCAGAAGGAAUUAGCAGAGAUCGUUGCUAGUUCUAUUACCUUGCUUUGCUAAUCUAAUCUGAGAACAAAGCUAAUACGAAGCCUUUUAGCCAUUAACGACUAAUCCUCCCACCGAUUGACCAGUACUUUGCUUAAUUUAACCAGUUAGCAUUGCAAGGUAUCUAUAGCUAUUACUAUUUGCUAAUGUUUUUUAUUUUUUUAAUGCUGCACAGGCCACACAAUCAAGAGACAAACUACAAGUGCCAGACAGCAAAACAAACAUGGAGGACAAAGUCUUCAUAUGGUGAAUGGAA